AUGGAUCCCCAAUACUCGUCUUCCAUUCAACAGCUCAUCGAAAAAGCAGCAUACUAUCGAGAGACGUUGGCUGUUUCGCAAGAUGGAAUAACAACUUGUAUGGAAUUUGAACAACAAUACAGUGAUAUGAUGAAAUGGGAGCAAGAGAACCAUAAAUCGAUGGGAGUCGAUUACUGUAAGCUGUCAGACAAAAACAAAAAGGAUUUGGCAUUCUAUCAAAAAACUGCGAUGAAAAGUCAGAAAAAGUUGGAUAAAGUAUUGGAAAAAGCGGAUAAGCUGGGAAUUGUUGCCUAG